CAGCAAUAAAACUAUGACCCUCCUGACGACUGUCUCUGUUAACUCAUUCCCUGGAGACCUGGUCUUUGAUUCACUCAACAAACAUUUACUUAAAUCUCCUGUGUGCCAGGCCCUGUGCUGGGUGACGCCGGGGACCCAGGAAGCUACCAGUCCUGUAGGACUUGUCGACCAGGAGGCACAGGUGCAGGCCCUGGAGUCUCUCUCCAGUGUCCUCACGGGUGCGGCCAGCACCAUGGACACCUCACGGGCUCUGCUGCUCUUCCUGCUCCUGGCCUCUGGAGGAGGGGUCCUCACCCAUGGAGCCUCUUCUGGAGUUCAGCAAACCAGUUUCUCCCUGGACUCAGAAAGCUCUUCCCAGCGCCCAGGUUCAAAAGUCUCCUCCAUCAAACCCCCUAGCCGGAAAUUUCCAGAUCAGUCUCCAGGUUCAAAAACCACUGCUGCUGUCCCUCAUUCCAAAUGGUUUCUUGAGGCCUCGAAUUUUAGCGAUGUGCCUCGGUCCGUCUGGUCAAAUGUUUCUGCUGACGGCCAGAAGUUGAGCCUGGAUCCUACCUUCUCUGAAAUCCUGGAUUCUGGAGGAUUUUCUGAUGUCUUAGGUUCUCAAGUUCCUGCCAAAGACUCAGAGCCCUCCUUCUCUGUUAAGACGCCAGCUUCAAACAUGUCAGCUCAAGUCCCAGAUCCUGAAGUAUCUGUUGAGACCCCAGGUUCAAAAUUCUCCCCUGAGGAUCAGGAUCUUGAAAUCACUGCCCAGACCCCCAAAUCCAAGGUAACCGCAAUAGCCCACCCAGUGGAAAACCUCCCCCAGCAAGUGGGGAGGCCUCUCUCGGUGCUAGUGGGGACCACCAUCCAGCUCCCUCUAGUUCCGGUUCCCAGCCCCGGCCCUUCUGCUCCUCUGGUUGUCUGGCGCCGAGGCUCCAAGGUGCUGGCAGCCGGGGGUCUUGGGCCAGGGGCUCCCCUGAUCAGCUUGGAUCCUGCUCACCGAGACCGCUUACGAUUUGACCAGGCCCAAGGGGGCCUGGAACUUGCCUCUGCCCAGCUAGAGGAUGCCGGGGUCUACACCGCUGAGGUUAUCCGGGCUGGGGUCUCCCGGCAGAUUCGGGAGUUCACGGUGGGUGUGUAUGAGCCGCUGCCCCAGCUGUCGGUGCAGCCGGAGACCCCCGAGACAGAGGAGGGGGCAGCCGAGCUCCGGCUGCGGUGCCUGGGGUGGGGGCCGGGUCGCGGGGAGCUGAGCUGGAGCCGGGACGGACGCACCCUGGAGGCAACGGACCCUGAGGGAGCAGAGCCACCCCGGAUCCGCACAGAGGGCGACCAGCUGCUCAUCACGCGCCCUGUGCGCAGCGACCAGGCCCGGUACACUUGUCGCGUCCGCAGCCCCUUCGGCCACACGGAGGCUGCGGCCGACGUCAGUGUCUUCUACGGCCCGGAUGCGCCGGUCAUCAAGGUGUCCUCGGACCGCAACGCCGCCCCCGCCCUCUAUGUCACGGCGGGCAGCAACGUGACCCUGCGCUGCACCGCCGCCUCGCGGCCGCCCGCCGACAUCGCGUGGAGCCUGGCCGACCCAGCCGAGGCUGCGGUGCCCGCCGGCCCGCGUCUCCUGCUGCCCGCGGUCCGGCCGGGCCACGCCGGCACCUACGCCUGCCUCGCCGCGAACCCGCACACCGGCCACCGCCGCCGCGCUCUGCUCAACCUCACUGUGGCGGAUCUGCCUCCCGGGUCCCCACAAUGCUCAGUCGAAGGCGGUCCAGGGGACCGCAGCCUCCGCUUCCGCUGCUCGUGGCCCGGCGGGGUCCCCGCCGCCUCCCUGCAGUUCCAGGGUCUCCCUGAAGGCGUCCGCGCGGGACCGGUGCCCUCGGCGCUCCUAGCGGCUGUCCCUGCCCACCCCCGGCUCAGCGGCGUCCGCGUCACCUGUCUCGCUCACCACCUGGUGACCACGCGCACCUGCACCGUCACCCCGGAGGCCCCCCGGGAGGUUCUGCUACGUCCCACAGUGGAGGAAACGCGGUCAGGGGAGGCAGAGGUGGUGCUCGAGACCACCGGCUGUCCUCCACCAUCCAGAGCCUCUUGGGCCCGAGAAGGGCGGCCUGUGGCCCCAGGAGGUGGGGGUCGCCUGCGGCUCAGCCAAGAUGGGCUCAGGCUCCUCAUUAGCAACUUCAGUCCGGACUGGGACCUGGGAAAUUACUCCGUGCUGUGCAGCGGGGCGCUGGGCGCUGGGGGCAACCAGAUUACUCUCCUUGGACCCUCCAUCUCCUCGUGGAGGCUGCAGAGAGCCCAGGAUGCAGCUGUGCUGACUUGGGAUGUGGAACGCGGGGCCCUAAUCAGUGGUUUUGAGAUCCAGGCACGACGAGAGGGCCCUGACCUGGGUAGAGGCCCUACCUACAAGGACUGGGUCUCCCUACUCAUCCUGGGGCCUCGGGAGCGGUCAGCCGUGGUGCCCCUUCCCCGUCGGAACCCUGGGACUUGGGCCUUCCGCAUCCUGCCCACCCUGGGGGGCCAGCCAGGGACCCCAUCACAAAGCCGAGUCUACCAGGCCAGUCCCACCCUGAGCUCCGGGGCCAUUGCUGGCAUCGUCCUGGGCUCCCUACUGGGCCUGGCGCUCCUGGCAGCACUUCUCUACCUGUGUAUCUGCUGCCUGUGCAGUCUUCGGGGAGACUCUCUCAAGAAAAAGCAGCAUCCCCCCUCCUUGACCCCUGUGGUUCCCCCACUGGAAAAAAAGUUGCAGAGCGUAACCCCAGUGCAGACCUCACAGCCUGUGCCCCUCAAAGUCCCGCUGGAGGACCCGAGCCCAGACAGGGCCCGCCAGGCCACUGGCCCCAAUCCAGUCGUCUUUCCGGCUGGGGGUCCCAGGACUGUUCGGGUAGCCACACAGGUGUGACCAGGGCCCGCUGUGCACAGGAUUUUUUUGGUAGGACCUCCUGUUUCACCCCGACCCUGUCCUGCUGUGACUGAAGAUCCCCCCCCCCCCAAAUGUGAGACUCCCUGCCUCCCUCUGUCAGCGCAGAAGACUACUUGAAUUUGUGCAGCUAAGGAGCUGUGGCUUCUGGGCUCGGAGAGACUACUACUGAUCUAUCUGUGGGGUUUGCACAGCUUCCCGGUGGGCAGGACCUACAGGCCCGGUGGUGGGCAGGCUGUCCUGUGCUGCUCCGAGCCCCGAAGGGGGCCCAGUCUCAUUCUCUCAGAAAGGUUUCCUACAUCCGCUCCUCUCCUCCAGGCCAUACCCCAUCCAGCUCCCAGGGUCUUUAUCCUGACAUAGCUCAGACCACGUCCUCUCCUCUUUAAACCCUUCUGGGGGUGCCCAUUGCCCUUCAGAUAUGGUCCCGACUCCUCACUGUGAUUUUCAGAACCUUGUGGUUUGGCUUCUUUUCACUUCUGACCUCCCCUUCCUGUGCUUCACCCCUGCUAUUAACAGCAGGCUUUCUGUGCACCUGCUCUAAGCCCCAGAGUUUGCUUUGCCUGGAACACCACCCUUUGCCCCAGGUCAUUCACUUCUCAAGUGUGAUGGUAACUGAGCGGCAGUGAUUUAUAGGAAAUAUAUAUUGGGUCAUUCGGAUGAC